AUGGAGGCUGCUGGCAGGUUUUCCCCACAGAAUGGGGACAGGCACGUGCAUGACUAUGAGCAAGGGCAGAGUCCUGAAGUGGAUUCAUCCGCUGCAGAGUCCGAUAACGAUCACUUCAUGGGCUCAAAUGGCUCUCAAGCAUUGCGCGGGACUAAAAGAAAGCGUCCCUUGAUGGUGUCAUGCGAGUUGUGUAAGCAGAGAAAGGUCAAGUGCGACCGAGCUCAACCCAGCUGUGGGUGGUGCGCGCGUAAUGGCCAGGUUUGCGAAUAUAAAGAGCGCAAGAAGCCAGGCUUGCGAGCAGGCUAUGGAAAGGAACUGGAACAAAGACUCGACCGGCUCGAAGAGAUUAUGCAGACACAAGCUCGCUUGAUCGAGAAUCAUAUCAUACGCAACCUUCAACCACAACCAGACCAUAACCGACGUCAGAACGUGCGCGUUUCCUCCUACGUCUCACAUGGCUCACCAUCGGAGCCGUCAACGGCGACAGGGCCGAGUCCUCAGACUUCAGUGUUUGCUGGCGAACCGCCUGCAUAUCCGCUAACACAAAGGCUAGUCGAUCCAACAAUCAAUCAACGCAACGCGAUAAUAGAAAGCCCAACAGCAACAUCCAAUAAGAUACACAACAACUCCAUGCUCUCUAACGGUGUUUCUCACUCUACUCCACACUCCCAGGUUCCAUCAAUUCCAUCGUUACCUGAUCGAAUCGGUGCCGACUUUUCUCACAAUGAUUCUUCAUUGACCAUUCCUGUCAGUCUUUUCAGUAAUCAAGAACAAUCUUUAUCAGAUUCCGAGCUCGACUUGCCACCCUAUGAUUUACUUUAUGCACUAGUGGACCUUUACUUUGAGCACGUCAACAGUUGGUGUCCCAUCCUACAUCGCAGAUCUACCUUGGAUACUUUGUUCGGACCGUCUCCAUUAGAAGAAGCGGAUCGAGUGGUUCUACACGCUAUUGUUGCAACGACUUUACGUUUCUCGGUCGAUCCGCGAUUGAAUGUCGUCAACCGAAAACGGUACCACGAGGCAUCAAAACAAAGAGUCCUCCUUUACGGUCUGGAGAACUCUUCGGCCAAAGCUAUUCAAGCAUUGGUUAUUCUGUCAUUGGAUUUUGUUGGUUCCUCAAACGGACCUCCAGGUUGGAAGCUCCUAGCUUUGAUAGCUCGUUCGGUCGUUCAACUAGGCUUGGCCGUGGAAAGGAAUUCGGCACUCGAUGCAUCACUCUAUCCAUCUAUCUAUACUUUACGAGCAAAUGUUUUGCCUGAUUCCGAGACAUGGAUUGAAGAUGAGAGUCGCAGGCGCUUGUUCUGGAUGGUUUAUUUACUGGAUCGAUACUCAACAAUCGCGACCGCAUUUGACUUUGCUUUGGAUGAGAAGGAAAUCGACCGGAAAUUGCCUUGCCGAGAGGAAUACUUCAUCAGAAACCAGCCAGUUGAAACAAGAUGGUUCCGUGCCGCUGGCGAUCGAGGCGAAUACACUAGCCACGGGGAUAAUGUAGGCUCUUUUGGAUUCUAUAUUGAGAUCCUAGGCAUACUUUCGCGCAUACAUAUUUUCCUCAAACGGCCUGUAGAUAUUGGAGCACUUUCGGACGUUGAAGAAUGGCAAGCGACAUAUCGAAAGCUGGACAGUGAGCUCUCAGCGUGGGAGUUCAAUCUGCCAACAGAAUAUGCUCUUGAGAAUGCAUCUCGUCUGUUCCAAACCUCGAAAACAAAAAAGGGUUUUCAAUGUGACUGGGUGAUGCUUCACGCUACAUAUCAAACAACCGUGAUUCGCCUCCAUUCUUCCGCCGCAUAUCCUACCACACGAUCUCCCAUAUUUACACCCUCCUAUAGUGCCAGUCAGCGCUGUCUAGUAGCGGUCGACAACAUUCUGACAUUGACUCGAUUCGUUGCCGAGAACAACAUGCUUGACAAACUCGGGCCCCCAUUCGCUUUCUCGCUAUGGGUUUCAGCUCGACUAUUGCUCGUUCACGGAUCAACGAUUGCCCACACAGUGAGCCCAGAUAUUUAUCUAUUCGUAGACACACUAGCACAGAUGGGCCACUACUGGAAAGUUGCCGAACGGUACAGCACGAUUCUAAAGCGCGUCCUCGAUGAAUAUGGCGAAUACGAGCAAACGGCAGGCAUCGAAAGCGAGCGCGUCACACCAUCUUCCGUCAAAAUACUAGCAGAUAUGCGGCGCUGCGCGUUUGACCUCGACUUUUUGAUUUCUCGGCAGCCACAGCAUCCUCAUAAUAACAAGGGCGUAUCCGACUCUAAUGGCCUGGUGGCAUUGCAGUCUGCCAACGCCGACGCAGCAGCGAAACAGAACACAGACACUGCCGGCUCCCUUCCCAUGAGCCGAAACCUAACAAACAACGACUUUGAAUACCUUGAUGUAUUUGGAUUCUUCAACGUUCCGCGCGUACCGAACAUGCCUACACCAUUAUCAGCACUGGGCAUGACUACACCCGACGGUAAUGGUCCUCACAGCGCCAACAAUAAUAGUAGUCUGACCACCACCAAUCCCAUGUCUAUACAUGGCCUUACGACGGUGGCGAGCAAUAAUGAAUUUAAUAUUACGAAUUACUUGGUGCCAACCCCAGAGACCGAUUGGUUAUUUCCGCAGCCGCAUGGUUAG